AGUAAAUGUCUAAAAAGAAGUGGUGAUAUAAACUCAAGUUUAGGUAAAAGUUAAAUUUUCAUUCUUUUAUAAUUAUUGUACAUGCAGUUUUUUUUAUUAUAUUAACUGAGAGAAUACAUUCAAUUGUACUAUUAAAAAAGCUACAUUUAACAUUACCAUUUGGGUUGGGUGAAUUUCAAAUAAUUAAAUGUGAAUAAAAUCUAAAAGAAACUGUCUUAUAAAACAAAGUUAUUUAGUUAAAUUUUUCAUUUAAAUUUCUGUAACUGUUACAAUAACAAAAGCAAAUUAUAAACUUAAAAUACUUACUUUUAACUUAAUAUAUUUUUCCUAAGUGCACCUAAAUCUGACAUGGUAUUGAUUUGUAUCGCCCCUCGUGGUGACAGUAGUACAUUACUGAUGUUAAAAAUUAUGAUGACAAAUAAACUACAUUUCCCACAAUGCAUUGUGCCUCGCGUCUUGCGCAAACUCAGUGAGCGCUGACUGGUUACUGUAUUCCCUCCUCAUUUCAGUGUAAGAUGGUGGUAAAAAUCUGCUACCUAAACAAACAGUAAAACUGAGUAGGAAAGCAUCUAAUCAAUUUUGAACAUCUGAGCUUUGGAGUAGUGCUCAUUCCAAACUAUCAGAUAGGCACAUCUGAUCAGUUGAAAGGCAGAACCCCCCGCCUAAACUAGAGUGAAUAUCCCUUGGAAGUGGAAUCCCUGCAAUACAGGACCAGCUAGUAGAACCCUUCGGCCGACCUGCCAGAGACUCCCCUGAACUUGCCGUACGAUAGGAUGUCCCGCAGUCCCGAGCUGAAAGAAGACCCCAUGGAGUGCCCACUGUGCAUGGAACCGCUGGAGAUUGACGAUGUCAACUUCUUCCCCUGCACCUGCGGCUACCAAAUCUGCCGCUUUUGCUGGCACCGCAUCCGCACAGACGAGAACGGCCUCUGCCCUGCUUGCAGAAAGCCUUAUCCGGAGGAUCCGGCAGUAUACAAACCACUGUCACAAGAGGAGAUCCAAAGGAUAAAGAACGAGAAGAAGCAGAAGCAGAACGAGAAGAAGCAGAAGGUGACAGAGAACCGCAAGCACCUGGCCAGUGUCCGUGUGGUGCAGCGGAACCUCGUGUUUGUCGUGGGACUUUCUCAAAGACUCGCAGAUGCGGAGGUUCUAAAGCGCCCGGAAUAUUUUGGAAAGUUCGGCAAAAUCCAUAAAGUGGUCAUCAAUAACAGCACAUCAUAUGCAGGUUCACAGGGUCCUAGUGCCAGUGCCUAUGUAACUUACAUUCGUUCAGAGGACGCCCUUAGAGCAAUACAGUGUGUGAACAAUGUCAUAGUGGAUGGUAGAACACUCAAGGCUUCUUUAGGUACAACAAAGUACUGCAGUUAUUUUCUCAAAAGCAUGCAGUGUCCUAAACCGGACUGCAUGUAUUUACAUGAACUAGGGGAUGAAGCGGCUAGUUUUACAAAAGAAGAAAUGCAGGCUGGGAAACAUCAAGAGUAUGAACAAAAAUUACUCCAAGACCUUUACAAAGCAAACCCCAACUUUUUACAAACCUCAACAUGUGGGGAGAAGUCGAAGAGCAAACCCAACUCCACUCAGAGACCUAAUAGUACCAAUAAAGAAGGGUGGCCCUCAUUACAGAACUAUGGGAAAAUGGUUAACGGUUUAACCACAGAGCAUCGCAAGUCCCCUCCUCUUUUAGACUGCCUAACAGACUCAGACCACAUGACUCCAGACGAACCAGACCCUGAACAGGGAACAGAACAGAACACAGGCCUUCCACCCUUCCCAUCAGCCUUAGAGCCUACCAGUCCAAUUGGCAAACCAUCAGAACCCAUAAGUAUAGGAAACGGGGAAAAUAUAUCACAGACAUCCAGUAGCGAUUCCCCAUCUCCUCCACCUGGCCUUACUAAACCCAGCCUCGUUGUGCCCAUCAGCGUGGCCGAACUCACAGCGCGCUCACCGUUCGAGGGGGCAGCAGCAGAGUCUCAGUCUCUUUUCUCAGACAACAGCAAUUUCAGACAUCCCAACCCCAUCCCCAGCGGCCUGCCCCCUUUCUCCAGUUCACCACAGGGAGCCUCCGACUGGCCCAUGACUCCGGAACCACAGAGCCUUUUCACCUCAGACACUAUCCCAGUGGCGUCAUCCACUGAUUGGCAGGCGGCCUUUGGUUUUGGCUCUUCGGCCAAGCAGCAGCAGCAGGACGAUGACCUCGGCUUCGACCCAUUUGACGUCACACGGAAGGCCCUGGCUGACCUCAUAGAGAAAGAGUUGUCAGUCCAGGAGCAUUCCCCCCUCUCUCCCAACCCCUCUUCCCACCAGACCAGCCUCCCCAACGGCCAACAGCGCCUUCCUCACCUCCAGCACAGAGGCCUCUAUAACUCCUUCAGCCUGCCCCAACACAUGGCCGCACGCCACCCCUGGAUGGGCCUUCCCACCCGCAAUAACCUCACACACUUGAACCACACGGCCUCAGCUGCGCACAGUCAUUUCUUAGACCUGAGCAUGCCGGCCCAACACCACAGCACCGGCCUUGGGGGGAUUCCUAUAUCAGAAAACAAUGGUUCUGUGGAAAGCUUAAAUGUGAAAGAGUGGCAGGACGGACUGCGAGCGCUCCUACCAAAUAUCAACAUCAACUUCGGAGGCCUCCCGAACUCUACCUCUUCCUCCUCCUCUUCCUCCACUUCCAGUGUGAACCACAUCGGAGUGCCGGUAGGCUCGACUGGAGUCUCGCACAGCCUCAGCUGGGACAGUACGGCCAGUUGGAUGGACCCCGCCAUCAUCACAGGUAUCCCAGCAUCCACAGGUAACAGUUUGGACUGUCUCCAGGAUGACAAUCCGCCACACUGGCUCAAGUCGCUGCAGGCGCUCACAGAGAUGGACGGACCGCCCAGCUCCAGCGCACUCCCACAGCCCCCGCACACCGGCCUCCUGGACGCGGCCGCCCAACUGUCCUUACACAGAGCCGCCUGGGCCCCUUACCUCCCUCCUCCCACACUCACCCCAAAUCAGUUCCACUCCCCACCUCCAGGUUUUCAAACAGCCUUCAGACCCCCAGCGCAGACGGCCACAGACAUCCUACAGAGUGCCGGUAUUGACCGUCACUAAAGACAACCCUCUCUCAAUUUAACUGCAUCACAAAUAUGAAACUGCAAAUAUACCCCUUCCAUUAAUAACAUAACAUAAGCUCUUGUCUUUCUACCCUUUCCCUCUCCAUCCCUUCCCCAUCAGGAUUUAUUUGUCUGUUGUCAGUUUUUUUUUGAAGGCACAAAUAUGAUGAGGACCAUCAGUGCAGGGUAAUGAUUGAAACAGACACUGAGGGUCCUAACACAUAUUCACACACACCUUCACGUAUGAUUCUGAGGGAAAAUAAGUGUAUGACACUGAAAUGUGCAGAGGAAACCGUGAGCACUGAUGUGUACAUGUGACUAACAAUGGCUAAACGGAAUGUGCUUAAACGAAUAACGUGUCUGAUUGGCGUCAUUCCUUCGUCCAAGGUACAGACUGUAAUUUAAUACUGUGAAUCUUUACACUUCCCGUACGUUAGGUCUCACCACCACUUGAAGGAAAUGGAUUAUAAUAUGUUCUCGGCUUCUUACACGUUUAAUGUUUACGAAGCCACAGGUGAAAUGUUUGGGUGUAUUAGCAGAAUCCAAACCCUGGUCCUCACUAGAAGGGACUCCAUUAAUCACAGAGGUAGUACCUUCUCUAAUCUUAGGCUGGGAUCCAUUUUGGAUUCAAGGGUGGUAUGAGACCUGACAUGUCGCUACACGAAGUCUACAGUAACUUCAUUCCCAUGAAGAGAAGCGAGAAAGACCACUGUGGAAGUGUUUAUUGGCUUGCCUAAAGAAUAAGCCAUUCAUACAAGGUAUGAAUCUGGAAUCGAGUCUGGAACCUUGGGAAGGAUGGUAACAAAGGAGACGUGUCAAGGCAUAAUUGCAGAUAAUAUGAGUGUUGAAAGCGUGAAGAUGGGCACACACUAACAUGCCACCAUUCCAAGGCCUUCAAAUGAUUUCUACUCUCUUUCUUUCUCAUCUGUGUGGCCAUACUAAACAGUAUUUAUCAAAUGCAAUCACUCAUUCUUUCAGGAAAAAAAUCAAUGUAGUCCAACAUUUGGGUUUAACAUGCUGCUGAGAUCAUUUAAUACAAAAUAAAGCGCUAAAAGAAAAGAAUUGACCCCUUUUCUGCUGGUCUGGAACAGUGAAAUCUUAAAUAAAAUUGAGUAUUCAUUG